UAUCCAGUGUCCGCCAUCUUCUUGCCACGCGUACCAGCUCAUCUCCGCCUUUACUUGCAUUCAUCCAUCCAACAUAAUGAUCUCAACCGUGUUCAACGGAGCUGCUCACCUCACUAUCAUUGGAUAUCUCUCUGUCGCGCAUUGCAAGGAAGUUGUUUUGGACUCCACCGUUCAGCUUAUACGCGACGCGGAGAACGUCUCCGAUCUUGGCGGCAUUGCAUUAAAUUUCUGCAUUUCUCCCGCAAUUCUCAUUUUAGCCUCCAACAAAGCCGCUCGCAUAUUUCUCAGUGGCAUCAACAAGGAACCCGCUCCGAAGCACGCUCAACCCAGUCCACCCUUCGCCGGCGACAUUUCUACCCAACCCAAUGUAUCAUCUUCGUCAAAUGUGAUCGCAACUGAAGCCUCGCCAAUCGCUGCAUACUCAACUACACCCUACUCUCCAUGGCUACAUUCAACACCAAUCCCAAGGCCACAACGAUUCUCGCUCGAUUCCGACACCACCGUGGUAGCCCACGACGACGGCUUCGUCAAGGACACUCCUGGAUCCUCCCGCCCCGUCGAAGCAUCUCGGACUACGAAGCCGCCUCUAAAGCCUCCGGACGAAACGCACCACCAACGGACUCCUACCUCACCCACAUACUACGCUUUCACAUCAAAUGUCGCACCUCGGCAAACAGAAGGUAAGUACGCUUCUUGUCUGAUUGCCGCGCGUGUCAGCAUCGCACGCUCACACUUCAAACAAGACAAUAUUAUGAUUAGUCACCUUGAACAAGUCUACGACGAAAUCCUCGUCGACCAAGCGGCCCUCGUCGACGGCUGGGCCGCUGCCAUGGCGGAGCUGGGUCUCACAUCAAUGCUGUCACCACCACCGCUUUCGCUUCCGAACACGAUCAUUCCAGAAAUCUCGGCUAGCACUCUUCUUCAAGGCUGACCAUCACCACACUAAUCAAUAACGACCAGCACAUUUCUACACACCUAGCUUCUCCGUGGUCAGAGGUCCCCUACGACCGAAUCUCGACGACGCGCACGCAACGUAACGGCCUCCUUCUGUCCCCCACGACCUGGAUUUCCACUAUCCAAGAAGUUGAAGGCCACCGCCCGCGCCGGUCCCGCACACACAUUUACCCCAAAUCUCUUCCAUAUCUCCCACAUGUAAAGGUCUUGAUUUGUUUCUUUUUCCUU